UAGAAAACCUGCGCUAGCUGAGUUUCAAGUUGCUAGGCAACCGAGCACGCCAUGGCAGGACACACAGCUCUGAUAAUAACGGUGUUGAUUUAACCUCGACUUUAACGCCGGAAUGCUUUUAUGGAUCUGGGAAUGUUGACGACUAGUCAUCUUCUGCAUAUUUGAGACCUUUCCAACAGUGACUAUAUGAUGUCGAGAUCCGUCUUUUCACACUGAGGACAACUAAAGGACUUGUACACGACUAUUACAAAAGAUUGAAUCCAGAAUCCAGAUUGAAGUUGAAUCUUGAAAAAAGCCAAGGUUCUCUCAUACGCUCUAGGAUGGCGUCUGAGUCGGUGAAGGUGGUGGUCCGAUGCCGGCCUCUGAACAACCGAGAGAAGACGCUCAACUGUAAGAUGGUGGUGUCUGUUGAUUGUAGCCGCUGUCAAUGUUUCAUCGAGAAACCAGGAGCCGCCGAGGAGCCGCCCAAGCAGUUUACGUUCGACGGGACGUACUUCAUCGAUCAGACCACUGAGCAGAUGUACAACGAGAUUGCAUAUCCUCUGGUGGAGGGGGUCACUGAAGGAUACAAUGGCACAAUUUUCGCUUACGGUCAAACAGGAAGUGGAAAGUCAUUCACCAUGCAGGGUGUGUCAGACCCCCCAGCUCAGAGAGGGGUCAUACCAAGAGCUUUCGAGCACAUCUUUGAGACCAUCCAGUGUGCAGAAAACACAAAGUUCCUUGUGCGAGCCUCCUACCUUGAGAUCUACAAAGAGGAAAUCAGGGACCUUCUGGGGAAAGACACCAAACAGAAGCUGGAGCUGAAAGAACAUCCAGAGCAAGGAGUGUACGUGCGAGACCUCUCCAUGCACACAGUGCACAGUGUGGGGGAGUGUGAGCGGAUCAUGGAGCUGGGCUGGAAAAAUCGCUCUGUGGGAUACACACUCAUGAACAAAGACUCUUCUCGCUCACAUUCCAUAUUCACCAUCCACCUGGAGAUCUGCAACAUAGAUGCUGCUGGUGAAGAUCAUUUACGUGCCGGGAAGCUCAACUUGGUGGACCUGGCUGGCAGCGAGCGCCAGUCCAAGACUGGUGCCACAGGAGACCGUCUUCAGGAAGCCACCAAAAUCAACCUAUCCCUGUCGGCACUGGGCAAUGUCAUCUCGGCGCUGGUGGACGGACGCUCCAAGCACAUCCCUUACCGCGACUCCAAGCUUACUCGCCUCCUUCAGGACUCCUUAGGUGGCAACACACGCACCCUCAUGGUGGCCUGCCUCUCCCCCGCUGAUAACAACUACGAGGAGAGUCUGAGCACACUGCGCUAUGCCAACCGCGCCAAGAGCAUACAGAACCGUCCACGUGUCAACGAGGAUCCCAAGGAUGCACUCCUGCGCCAAUACCAAGAGGAGAUCAAACAGCUGAAGGCGCUCAUCUCCGGACAGCUCGGGACCGCAAGCCUCGACUCUUUGCUAGCAGGUCAGAGGUCACAGGGGAGCACAGGCAUCCAGUCCAGACCACAGAGCAGCGAGAAGGAGAAGAUUAAAGAGGAUUACGAGGAGAAGCUUGCCAAGCUGCAGGCGGACUACAACGCAGAGCAGGAAUCCAAAGCUAAGCUACAGGAUGACAUUGCAACCUUGAGAAUGUCUUAUGAGACCAAGUUGUCAAGCCUGGAAAGAGCAAAAGCUACCCGAACAUCAGAUGACUCCAUCAUAGAGGUCAGUCCUGUCAACGGAGCCACACCAGAGCCCUCAGAAGCUUCCCAAGACAUGUUACAGGAGAGCGAACAAAGCAAGGGAGUUAUUAGAGCAGGUCCAGGGGGAGAGCCUGGAGUUCCAGAGUCAGAGGUCGUUGCUACGCCAGACCCACUGGAUCGGAAACAUGUUUUGGAAAGGCUUCAUCAUCUGGAGCAGGAGUUUGUCGGGGGAGAGCAGGCGAGAAAUGAGGAACUGAGGCAGCGGAGGAGGCAGAGGAAGACUCUGGCUAACCAGAGGAAAAAGCAGCUGAUCGAGGCUUUGAGUCAGUCCAACGAGGACAGUGAUGCCGUGCUGCUCAACGUCUACGACUCCAUCCAGGAGGAGGUACAUGCCAAGAAUAGACUGCUGGAGAACACGCAGAGCAAGUUAAAAGCUGCCAAGUUGGAGAUCCGAGAUCUGCAGGUGGAGUUUGCAGCUGAGCGUGAUGACUACCUGGCCUCCAUCAGACGUCUGGAACGUGAAACGCAGCUACUGCAGGGCCUCCUGGAGCGCACGGUGAUGCUGGUGCGCAGGGACUGCAACUACAGCAACCUGGAGCGCCUGAGGAAGGAGGCGGUGUGGGACGAGGAGAGCGGCGUGUGGAGGCUGCCCGAGGUGCUGGUGCAGAAAACAGCGCUACCUGCAGCAGUGCCUCCAUCGGCAGCCAGCAGCUCUUCUAGACUCCCAGGACGCAGGAACUCCGCCUCGGACCCAGCAGAGCCUUUUCUGGAGGAGGAGGACCGUUAUAGGGAGAUGCUGAACCGCAGCGACAGUGAAAACAUUGCUAGUAACUACUUCAAGAUGAAGAGAGCCAAUCAGCUUUUAUCAGGAGAGUCCACAAAGAACCUUGCCAGUCACUCUGCUGUUCCAGGAAACGGCCCGUCGCAUCAAAACUCCUGCGGAACAAACCCCACUGCGGAGGCCCUCCUCCCGCGCCCGUUUCGCCUGGAGUCUCUGGGAAUCAUGCCUGCCAACAGCAAAGCCAAGAGAAAGAAGAGCAAGAUCUACGUCUCCUGUGAUGAGAGAUCGUCAGUGGAACCAGUCACUGGAACAGAGUUGCAGGAUGACCUGAAAGCAGCAGAAACAACAGUUACACAGAGAACAAGAAUAAUCAUCUCUGCUCUCACAGAAAACUCCUCAUACAAAUAGAAGCACAGAACUGUAUGUCUAAAUUAAAUCACAAAUCCUUUAGAACAAUAUACUCUGGGCAGACGAAACUCAAAUAUAACUGUUUGACAAAAAUCAGCCGUAACAUUAUAACCACCUGUCUAAUAUUGUGUAGGUCCCCCUUGUGCCACCAAAACAGCUUUCACCGUCGAGUCAUGGGCUCCACAAGACCUCUGAAAGUGUGCUGUGGUAUCUGGCACCGAGACGUUAGCAGCAGAUCCUUUAAGUCCUGUAAGUUGUGAGGUGGGGCCUCCAUGGAUCGGACUUGUUUGUCCAGAACAUCCCACAGAUGCUCGAUCGGAUCGAGAUCUGAGGAAUUCAGAGGCCACAUCAACAGCUUGAACUCUUUGUCAUGUUCCUCAAACCAUUCCUGAACGAUUUUUGCAGUGUGGCAGGGAGCAUUAUCCUGCUGAAAGAGGCCACUGCUAUUAGGGAAUACCGUUACCGUGAAGGUGUGUACUCGGUCUAAACAGUAUUUAGGUAGGUGGUACGUGUCAAAGCAACAUCCACAUGAAUGCCAGGACCCAAAGUUUCCCAUCAGAACAUCACCCAGAGCAUCACACUUCCUCCCACAGUGCAUCCUGGUGCCAACUCUUCCCCAGGUAAGCGAUGCUCUGACUCAGUAGUCUAGCCUUCACAAUUUGGCCCUUCUCAAAGUCACUCAGAUCCUUAUGCGUGCCCAUUUUUCCUGUUUCCAACACAUCAACUUUGAGCACUGACUGCUCACUUGCUGCCUAAUAAACCUCACCACUUGACAGGUUCCAUUGUAACAAGAUAAUCAAUGUUAUUUACUUUAUCUCUCAGUGGUCUUAAUGUUAUGGCUGAUCGGUGUAAGUACAAAGGCGGAUAUAUGCACUGGAAGUAUAUUAAAUAACGAAAAAUUGCCCGAAUACUUAUUUCUCCUCACUAUAUAAAUGUAUACACAAUAUCUAUGCUAUAGAUCUAUAUAUAGCUCAGUUUGACUGAACACACAAUAAACC